AUGGCAGACAGCAGCCAGCUCGCUCAAAGCUUCCAGAGCUUGUCGCGCCUGAACGGCAGGAGACGAUGCGCCCGACUCCUCGAGAGCAAUGACGCCGACGAGGUGCUGCAGGGCCGGAAUAUUUACCGCGCUUGCGAACCAAUUGUCGACUUCCAAGAUCCAUUCCACCAGCUCACCAGGAUUGUUGGCGUCGACGGAGAGUCGGCCGGCCGUGUGAUAAAAUCACGCGACGACGAGGCGUGGGUCGAUCCUGUGCUGACCGAGUGCUUCUGCCAGGUCGCCGGCAUCUACGUCAACCUGAUGACGAGCUCUGACAGCCUUUCCGAACGAGGUCAGCAAUGGGAUGUGUUUGCCGUCCACCAUCCGGAGGGUGGCGACAAGUAUAUGAGCGACGUCUUUGCGUUUGACCACCGCAAUGGGUCCCUCGUCGAGGCCAUACUGGGCAUUUCUUACAAGAAGGUGUCUCUAGCUGGCUUCCGCGGUGUUCUCUCGCGUGUCGCUCGGCACGCUACUCAGGAAAGUGCAGCACCUGUGUUCCCAACCUCCGAGCAGUCCCACCAACCGGCAGUGUUGCCUACAGCAUCAGUCAAGAAGCAUAUCGCCAAGAAGGCCCCAAGACCAGCUGGGCCAGACUUCGACGGGAAGACUCGCGAAAUCAUUUGCAACCUAUCGGGCCUGGAUUCCGAGGAGGUGCAAGACGAGUCCGACCUCGUGGAGAUUGGAAUCGACUCUCUCAUGGCGAUGGAGCUGGUCCGCGAGGUCGAGUCUACGUGCAAAGUGAGCCUUGAAAAUGAACAGCUCAUGGAUUUAACCGAUUUCCGAAAGUCUGGUCUCGUAGUCACCGGAGCAGCAGGAAGCCUAGGCAGGCACAUUGCUGGUCAUAUAGCACGUCUGCCAGAAGUCCACACCGUGGUCUGCCUUAACCGCCUGAGCCAAUCUUCGGCUGAACAGCGCCAGGGAAAGGCUUUUGAAGCCAGAGGCAUCCAUAUCGAGGACGAAUUCUUCACCAAGCUCCAAGUCAUCGAUACAGAUACCAGCAAGCCGCGGCUCGGCCUCUCGCAGGAGACGUACAAUCACCUCUUGGACACGGUCACUCAUAUUGUUCACAGCGCCUGGCCCAUGAUGAGCCUGGCCCGUCCCGUGCGCAUGUAUGAGUCCCAGUUCAAGGUCUUCCGGAACUUGAUCGACCUCGCACGGGACAUCGCUGACCGCUGGCCAGCUCCGUUCAGACCUGGGUUCCUGUUCGUCUCUUCCCUAGCCGUCGUCGCCAACUACCCACUGCUGGAAAGGGGCGGUUGCGAUGAACAACACCAACAACACCAACAACAGCUGGCACUCGUACCAGAAGGCGCGGUUGGGGUAGAGGCCUGUGCGGGUGCGGGCUACGCGGAGGCGAAAUUGGUCUGCGAGCGCGUGCUGGCGCGCACGCUGGGCCAGUACCCGAGGUACUUCUCGCCCGCGGCGGCGGUGCGCGUGGCGCAGAUCUCCGGAUCCACGGUGAGCACACUCUCCUGGUGCCCGGUGGACCUCGUGGCCUCAGCUAUCGGCGAGCUGCUACUGAUGAGGCAAGAAGAUGGCGCCGCGGUGAAUGAGGUGGGCAAGAACCUGUUCUACCACAUCGAUAACCCAGCACGACAGCCCUGGGCCGAGACGAUCGCCUCCCUUGCGUCUGCGCUGGGCAUGAGUGAGGAUUCUAUUGUGCCAUAUCAGCAAUGGCUGAAUCGUGUGAGGCGUUUCAGGGGCUCGGUCAGCGACAACCCGGCCAUGCAGCUUGAGGAGUUCUUCAUACACUACUUCGUACCGAUGUCGUGUGGAGGUCUAGUACUGGAUACCACCAGGACGAUGGUCCACUCGAGGACCUUUCGAGAGAUGGGCCCUGUGAGCAGCAAUUUUGUUGCACAGUAUGUCGCUAGCUGGAGGCAGUCGGGGUUCUUGCAUAAGUAG